AUUUUUUCUUUUUUUUGUGAAAGUUUAUUGUUAUGUUGGAAAGGAAAAUGAAAAUUCUAUCGAGUAGUAAUACAAAAUUUAAUUCACUACAAUUUAUGGCAAGCAUAUGGUUCCCCUGAUUUCUAUUAAAUGGACAUAUUAUUUAUUAUAAAUACAUAAUAAUGGGCAUUAAAGAUUUACUAAAGUGUGGGUGGUGUAAAUCAUGGAAGAAAAUGGAUAGUGACACAAUUUUGCCAUUUAUUUUAUUACCAGUUCUGUUAAUAAUUUCAACAAUAUCUGAAAUAGUUACUUAUGUCGUGAUGGGAGCGAUUGGCAUGGGAGUACUUUAUGUAUAUUCCAGACCACAGCAGAAAAAUAGAUCACUAUUCUUCUUCUAUUGGACCAUAUCGUCAUGUUUGUACAUGUACCUUAUACUGAUAUUUGAAAUAAUAUCAGUAUUCCUGACACUACUAGAGAAUGUUGUGAUUUUGGUGCUCAUAUUGUGCACUUUAUAUUUCUUUGUCAAGAUGAAGAAAGUGGCAGACUUUGAACUUGCCCUGGGCUCGUCGAAAGGCAAAGAAUAUUGCCCAAUGAUAACAUCAGACUCAAAAUACUGCCACAUCUGCCAGAUUGAAGUUAAUGAGAGGUUCUUCCACUCAAUAUGGUGGAACUGCUGUAUAUUUAGACCAAACUAUGUGUACUUUUUGGCCGGAAACAUUUUUGCCCUGGCCUCCUUGAUGACGUCAACUCUCUAUGGUCUCUCCGAAGUGUGUGGGGGGAAAAUGAUCCUUAUGGACAAAAUAAUUAUACCAGUAGACUGCAGCUCUGUUUAUAAGAAUGGAUUUCAGUCGUCGCUAACGUACGUGACGUGUGUAUACGCGGCGGGGUACGCGAGCUCCAUCGCCUUCGUGCUGCUGCGGCAACUCGUGCUGUUCGUGCCCAAGUACACAGAGCCCCAAUGGAGAAGACUCAAAAAUACGCUGGAUGUUUGAAAAUAAGUCAUUCACUUGAGGGUUAUCAAAGAUAUUAGUAGGUUUACCUAUGUCCUAAGAGCGGUUUCAGACUAGCGUAUUUUUAGCUUAUUAGCUAGUUUUUGGAUGUGUGUAGCGCUCGUGUAAGCUUAAAAUUACGCUAGUCUGAAACGUUUUUAGGGUAGGCAGAGACUACGCAUGAUAACGCAACGGUCGAUUGUGAAAGAUAUUUGAAACAGUGCUAUUUUAGUUAGAUAUUUCAUAGUGUUAUUCGGAAGACUUGAAUAUUAUUAUUUUAACCGACUUCGAAAAAAGAGGUCUUGUUUGUGUGUUAUACUUAUGUAUGUUUUCAAUUAAGUACUUUUUAUUUAGUCAGUAUUUUUACUGUAAAGCCUAGCUUUAUUGUGGUGGAUUUGAAUGGAACUUAUAGAAAAACUAUGAUAAUUAUAAUAUUUUAUAUCGUAUAUGUGAUACUAUUGAUAAUUUCAUGUCCUAGGUAUAUUUCAUGAUAUGAGCUACAAGCAAUAAAAUACCUAUAAU